UUGUCCUCACAUGGCAGCUGGGCGCUGGAAGAACUUAACCAACGAUCAAAUACACAUCUACUGUUUAUCAGUAGCUAAAGAGCAAAGUCGUCGUGUAUGUCUGCUUGCGAUGUUGAAGAGAUAUUUAGAAACAGUCGUCACAUACUGGCUCAAAGGCUGCUUUCGUUAGUGGAUGUCAGUGCCAGUGACAGAGUUUUGGCGCGCCUGGACUUGACUGGGAGUGUUCAUCGGUGGUGUAAAAAAGAUGGAGAGGUGCACGCACGUUUUCCAGAUCUCUGGGAUCAAAACCCCGGAUAAGAAGAGAGUUUUAGUCCAGGGAAUCAGAAAGCUCGGGGGGAAAUACAUCGGAGGCUCAGUAUAUCAGCAUGCCAGCACCCAUCUCAUAAUCCCCCAGGUUUUGUCCAGCGAGAAGUUUUUGGCAGCGUGUGCUGCAGGAAAGUGGGUGGUUACUCCGGAUUACGUUUUGGACAGUGUAAAAAGUGGUUAUUGGCUUGAAGAGGGACCCUAUGAGGUGGCCCUUUCCUCGGGCUCCAAGGCUACCUUCUACCCCGUCAGACAGUGGAGGGAGAAGGUGGCCAGUGGGAAACUAGCAGGGGCCUUCCAGGGCUGGAGAGUACUCCUCAUGGUCCAGGAGCCCACCCGCAGAGCCAUGUUCAAACGGCUGCUGAAAGCAGGCAGGGCUGAAGUAUACUGCUGUCCUCUCCCCUCUUAUGCGUCCAUCACUCAUGUUAUGGCUAAACCAAUAACGGAGACCUCAAAAUCCCAGAAUGCUCCUUGCUAUCCUGUGAGCCACAUAGUCCAGCACCUCUUUGGGAGCAAUCGCGUGGAUAUGAAUUUCAACAUAACAGAUGAUAAUUCAGCAGACACGAAGGCUUCUUUUUCUUAUUUCGACUUCUCCAGUUUGGAGACAGAUCUCAAGAACUAUGCAGUUAAACAGGAGGGCCGGCCAAGACUACGCUUCCUUGAAUUUCUGGUUUACCAUGACCCACAUCGUCCCCAAUCACAGGCAACAGAAACCGACUUCAGCAACGUUGGUACUAUGAUAGAGUGCGGCCUAUUUAUGGAAGCCUUGGACUCAAUCAGAAGCACAGUGUAUCCAGGCCUUCUGCCACCAGCGCCAUACCUGAUUUCCCUCUUAGAAUAUGCACAGCAGGGAAACGCCACAUCUGUCUUCUUGGGACAUUUCCAGCAGGUCAUGCAUAACCUGCUCAGCACCAAUCCUCCGUGGCUGGCCUCCAGCUCCCAAAGAUAUUUCACACAAGUGUUGCAGUGUCCUCGUUGCAAGAUGGGUUUGUGGUCUUUUCUGGAUACUGCUAUCAGGUACUGCCUGUCCAGUGAGCUCACUUGUCACCCGCUCCCGGGACCUGCUCAGCCGAAACUGUUAGAUUUCCACUGUGACAUCCUGUCACUGAUCCUCAAACUUUUUCAGGGAGAACUUGACUCUGUCACCGCCAGAGAUUUUUUGCUGCUCCAGAGAACAGGAGUAACGCCACCAUCUGUGUCAGGCUCUUUGCUCUAUGGGACCUUCUGGACCAUUUGGGAGCGCUCCACCCUGCUAUCCAGCGCCGUCAAACAACUUUUGCAACUCUUGGUACAGGCUGCCAUCGUGGAGUGCACAGAAAGUGAUGAGAAGCAGAAGCUACAUUUGGUGGACACCCUGCUGGAUCUCCUGUCUGUGCUGGUGGAGUUCUGGUGGCAGCAGCACUUCAAACUGAACCAGGCGCUCGUGAAGAAAGGCCUUAAAGACCUAUCGGAGCACUUUGCUGUCAUCAGCCAGGAUGCACCUCCAGACGUUCUGGCAGAGCUGGUUGCCAGGGUUCGCUCCACCAGGCUGAAGCUGGUGAUGUCUGAUGCCAUAUUCAGGAAUCUCUGCUGCAGAAAUGGCUUGACGGUGGGAGAUGAACCUCUGUCCCUCAGGAAAAUGGUCCUCUCCUACCUGCCUGCUCUGGGAGGUUUAGCUCAGAGUCCCAGUGGCACCCGCCGCAGGUCUGGACCCACCUCGCACGCCUGCACCAGUCAGGGGACCAGCUGCAGCGCUCCAAACUCUUUGGGGAAUGAAACAAGCUCGGAGAAAGAGAACACCCCCAAAGGUUUGAACAGAGUCAACGCAGCAGGAGAGACCCUCCUCCACCGAGCUUGCAAGAGGAACCAUGUGGAAACGGUGCUUCAGAUCCUGGCGCUUCCUGGCACAGACGUCAACGUUAAAGACCACGCGGGAUGGACACCUCUGCAUGAAGCGUGCAAUCAUGGCAGCGCUGACUGUGUGGAAGCGUUGCUGCGUCACCGCCCCGCCCCAGACCUCAUUAACCGUGUGGACGGUGUGAGUCCGCUGCACGAUGCCCUACUGAACAAACACAUGGAUAUCGCCAAAAUGCUGCUGGAACACGCAGGCUCGGUCCUCCUCCAGCAGACUGAUGGGGACGGACGGGUCCCUCUGGAUCUGGUGUCUGCGCCAAGCCAGAGGGAGGAGCUGCUCCGCAGCGCACAGGUCGGCGACUCGACCCUGAGGAACGGAGGGACUCGGGUCACGAACCUUUCGCUCCUGGAGGCCGGCUCCUCUCUGCUGUCCCACCUCAUUUUCUCCUACCACCAGGAGAGGGGCCUGCCUCCCCUGGCGAGGCCCACCGACAAACCCCUCAGCCUGGGCCUCAGGCUCGCCAGGGCCCUGCUGACGCAGCCCUUCCACAGGGUGACGUCGGGUUGGACGGACCAGCGGGCCCUGAGGCUGGUGGAAGACGCGCAGACGCUGAUGGAGCUCAGGCGAGGGGAGCACCAGGAGCACGUGCCCCCGGCCGUGAAAGAGUGCAAAGGAGAGAACACGGCGUUCCUGAUGGAGAUACUGGAGGACCUCAGGUCUCGGGGAGACGCGCUAGUAGAGGAUCUGUGACAACGAGUCAACAGACGGGGACCUAAAUCCUGUGACUGAAUGUUAACAAAAGAACAACUGUUACUUUACAUAGUGAGACAAUUCAGCUAACUUGUUUUGGUUUGUCAUGUUUUAUUCCAUAAAAUGGAAGUGUAUUUAUUUGAAAUUUGGAAUUUCUAGCUGCACGUUUGAUUUUUGUUUUUUUAUGGCAACACUAACAUUUCAUUGUGAAUAUUUCUACCUCAGAGUUUACUUUUCUAUGACUUUUCUUACUGUUUAAGCACAUGCUUUUUGUACACGUACGUGACACAAUAAAUGAGGAUACCUUCAUAAAUCA